AUGACAAAUGUCGACGAAAGCGGUCUGAAGCGCGAUCUGCACCUGCGCCACAUGGUCAUGAUCGCCAUCUCCGGUACCAUCGGUACAGGUCUCUUCAUGACCUCUGGAAAGACCAUUGCCACCGCUGGUCCUCUUGGUGCUUUGUUUGCGUACAUGGUCAUUGGAGUCUGGCUCGUAUUUGUCUGCCAGGCCAUCGGAGAGAUUGCGACCUUGUUGCCCUUGCCCGGCGCCUUCACUGCCUGGGGUGCCCGUGUCUUUGACGAGGCUUUUUCCUUCCAGAUGACCUGGGUCUACUUCAUCAACUGGGCCCUGACCAUUCCCGCUGAAUUGUCUGCUUCCUCCUUGAUCGUCUCCUACUGGUUGCCAGAAGGAUCAACAUUCCCAAGCUGGGUGGUCCCUGUUGUUAUCAUCAUUGCCCUGGUCAUCAUCAACAUGCUCGGAGUGAAAGUGUAUGGUGAAAUCGAAUACUGGUUCUCCAUCCUCAAGGUCGUCACGAUCAUCGUCUUCAUCAUCUGUGGUAUCCUCGUCGACUCGGGCGCAGUUGGUGGCCACGUCUAUGGUAUCGAGAACUGGAAGAUCGCCGGUGCACCCUUCAAGGGCGGUUUCCGCGCUUUCCUCUCGGUCUUGGUCUCUGUCGGAUUCGCCUAUGGUGGAACUGAGCUCUCUGGCGUCACUGCUGCUGAAUCCAGUAACCCCCACAAGCACGUCCCCAAGGCCGUCAACACUGUCCUGGUCCGCAUCGCCUUCUUCUACAUCCUCUCGAUCUUCUUCCUCGCCAGCAUUGUCCCCAAUAACGACCCUCGUAUGCUCAACGCUGAUGGCACCGUUGUCAACGCUCCCUUCACGAUCGUGUUCCUGACUGCCGGUAUGAAGGGCGGCGCCAACUACAUGAACGCCGUCAUCUUCACCUCUGUCGUCUCUGCAACGAACUCUGAUUUCUACGUCGCCACCCGCAUGCUCAUGUCUCUCGCCCGUAACGGCUGGGCUCCCAAGUUUGUCGGACGUACCAACGCUCGCGGCGUUCCUGUGGUUGCUGUCGCGAUCACCACCGCAUUCUCGUGCAUUGCCCUCGUCAUGAUUUACGCCGGUGCCGCCGUGGUCUUUGACUGGCUGGUCUCGAUCAUCGGUUCAAUCAUCUUUUUGACCUGGUGCGGCAUCCUUUUCUUGCACUUCCGCUUCCGUGCCUGCUGGAAGGCUCAGGGUAACAGCCCCAGUGACCUACCCUACAUGUCUUGGGGUUAUCCUUAUGGCCAUUACCUUGCCAGCAUCAUCGCCUUUUGCUGCGUGGUUGCCAGCUGGUAUCUCUCGAUCUCUAACAAGCCCCAGGCCAGCGGACCUCUCGGUACUGAUGACCCUGCUUAUAAGAGUGCGAUGGACAAGUACUAUCAGGGACUGUUGGGUGCUUGGUUCCCUUGGGUCUUUGCAAUUGUAUUGUACUUUGGAUACAAGUUCACCAAGGGCACCAAGAUCAUUAACCCUGCUGAGGCGGAUAUCGAUACUGGACGCUGGAUCCCUGUACCAAGCACCAUUGAGGAUGAAAACAAGCCUCAACCAGCAUGGAAGAAGUUCCUUUCUAAAUUCACGUAG